CAGCUCCCUUCCUGUCACAUGCUUUCCUGUGGUCCUGGGGCACUCAGGCUCCCGUGGGUUGGUGAGGUGGGGGGCAGAAGACACAGGAUAAGGCAUGGAACCCCUGGGGCCAGUGACUCCAGCCAGUUCACCUCUGCCUUGCAGAGUCCAAAGCUUCUAGCUCUGGGUUUUUUGUUUGUUUGUUUGAUGCUAAGGGCAGGAGGGCCUGGCUGAAGAAAAGCCUUCAUUUCCAAAAAAGUUUCAGAGUAGAUCAGGCUGAGAGGACUGGGCUCCUCCAAAUAGGAUCUUUUCUGAGGAAUCAAAACAAAAUGUGGCAUGUCUAUCACUGUACAGACCGUCCUCCAGGUCACCCACUGCUAUGUCCUGCAGGGUCCAAACCAGGGAUGGGACUCUUCAAGGUAUUCCCCCACUGCCAGGACCUGGGCCAAGGAGGCAGGAACCCUCAAUCAAGUCCUGAUCUGUUGUUGGGGGUCACACUAUGGUCUCACACAAAAUAAGCCUAGAACCUGUGCCCCUCCUCUGCCAGGAGGAGAUGGCAUCUGAGUCUGUGAAAGUGGGGUGGACAUUUCAGGAGGAGGAGAUGCUACAAUUUCCAUGGGAAGCUCUGCCCAUACCUCGCCAGAGGUGUGGUACCUGUGGGCUUGCUCCUGGGGCCUGCCCUUGCUGCUGCCCAGGACCCCAUGGAGAUGGAGGAAACAGGAGGGUGGAGACUUGAUCAGUUACAAUGAAGUGCCCUAAGACACCAUCUUGAUCCUUAGGACCUAACCAGUAAGCAGAGCAGCCCAAUCUGGGAUAAAGCUGGAUAAUCAGAAAGAUCUGGAUCUCUGCUAGCUCUGUGUGUGUGUCUGGGUUAAAAAACUUAAAAACAGGAUACCCAAUUAAAUUCAAAUUUCAGAUAAACAAAUAUUUUAUUUUGUUUUUUAUAUAUUUAUUAUUUUAUUAUAUCGACAGAGUCUCUUGCUUUGUCACCCUGGGUAGAGUACCAAUGCAUCAUAGCUCACGGCAACCUCAAACUCUUGGGUUCAAAUGAUCCUCUUGCCUCAGUCUCCCAAGUAGCUGAGACUACAGGCGCCUGCCACAAUGCUCAGCUAUUUUUUAGAGAUGGGGUCUCACUCUGGCUCAGGCAGUCCACCGACUUUGGCCUCCCAAGUGCUUGGAUUACAGAAUAUUUUUAAAAUAUAACUAUAUUCCAUUCAACAUUUGAAACAUACUUAUUGUGGUAUGCACCUGUAGUCCCAGCUACUUCGGAGGAUCAUUUGAGCCCAGGAGUUUGAGAUCAGCUUGGGCAACAGCAAGACCCAUCGUUUAGAAAAAUAAUAAUAAUUAUUAUUGUUUAUCUAGAAUUCAAAUUUAACUGGGUAUUCUUUAUUUCAUCUGGAAACUAGGGAUAGGGGACUAGCUAGCCCAUCAAUCACUCACUGUCAUUUGACCCGUCAUUGUCCCAAGCCGCUAAAGACAGCAGCAGUUCUCAGAUGACUGGCAGAGCUGGAGGCCACUGUUUGGGCCAGGCAGUACCCCUAAUCCAGACAUAGUGCAGGAGAAAAGAGAGGGGCUGUUGGGGCCUGGAACUCCCCUUUCCCCAAUAAGGCUGAAGUCUCAGGCAGGCCUGGCUCCUGGGCUCAGAGGGUGUCGCUAGGUUUGUCAAAUUCCCUGGUUUUUGCAUUUUUGUUUCAUGGCUGGGGAACUGUUGAGUGGGGAAGCCUGAGCCUCCACCCUUCCCUGGGGCUCCCCUUGGUGGCCUAAAACCCACCUCCUUCCUCUUCAGGUGCAGGAGAAAAAAGGGAACCCAACAGAGCCCUCCAGAAAAGAGGAAGAUACUGCUUGCUGGGCGGGGGGACUCAAAAAGAGGAACCGCAUGCCAGGCAGGACCCACCUGGAGUCCCGUGAAAAGAGGACCCCCAAAAGGGAAAGAGUUCCAGCCUGCACUCAUCCCCUCUCCUGAGAAGAAAGGUGUGCAGGGCAGGGCUAGCAGGCCUGUGCAAACAGGGCCUUCUCCACCCAGCAGUAGCUGGUCUGCCUCAGCCUUUGCCGGUACCCUGACAAGUGCUUUUCCUAGUGUGAUCCAGCUGCUGUCAGAAAGAGGUCAAGGCGUCCAUUUCUGCCUGCCUUAAGUUUAAGGAAGAAGGAGAUGGGAACUGCUAAGGUGUGCGGGAGGCUGGUGGGGCAGCCCAAGGUGUGGCCACUGUAGGGUCCUAAGGUGUGGGGCGGGGCAGAGUAGACAGAACUUGAGGUCCACCACCCUGGGGAACCCUUUGUGAGUCCUGCACCCUUGUGUCGCCUCUGCCCCAGCAACAGUGACUCACAAAGCUGGCCCCUGCUAGGUGGACGCAGCCUCCCCUUCUGGUCACAAAGGCCUUCAGAGUCGAGCCUAGAGCGGGCAUGCUGGGUGCGGAGUCGCCCCUGCAGCCACCCCCGGGCUGUGAAUCCCGCCCGGCAACUGGAUGAAAGAGCCCAUAGCCUCAGCGCCCAUGUGUGUCAUCUGCUUCGUGAAGGCGCUAGUGCACGUGUUCAAGGUCUACCUGACCGCCAACUACAGCUACAACUUCCGCGACUGGCCUGUGGACUUCCGCUGGGAUGAUGUGCGCGCCGCCAGCGGUGGCAGCAGCCACCGAGCUCUAACGUGUGCUGCGGCUGUCGCCGGCGUCUGGCUUCUGCGAGAUGCAGCACUGGGCGGAGACGCGCCGGGGCGGCCACCGCGCGGGGCGCGUAGCCAGGCACAAUGCCUCUUGCAGCAAAUCCGCCAGCUGCCAGGCCAGCUCGCCAGCUACGCCCUAGCCCACUCCCUGGGCCGCUGGCUUGUGUACCCUGGCUCCAUGUUCCUAAUGACGCGUGCGCUGCUGCCGCUGCUGCAGCAGGGCCAAGAGCGCCUAGUGGAGCGCUACCACGGCCGGCGAGCCAAGCUGGUGGCCUGUGAUGGCAACGAGAUCGACACCAUGUUCAUGGAUCGCCGCCAACACCCGGGCAGUCACGGACAAGGUCUGCUCCUUGUUAUCUGCUGCGAAGGGAAUGCUGGCUUCUACGAGAUGGGCUGUCUAUCUGCCCCGCUGGAGGCUGGCUAUUCAGUGCUAGGGUGGAACCACCCAGGUUUCGGCGGUAGCACCGGUGCACCCUUCCCACAGAAUGACGCUAAUGCCAUGGAUGUGGUGGUAAAGUACGCGCUGCACCGCCUGCACUUCUCCCCCCCGCAAGUGGUGGUCUAUGGCUGGUCUAUUGGCGGCUUCACAGCCACCUGGGCCACCAUGACCUACCCAGAGCUGGGUGCGCUGGUGCUUGACGCCACCUUCGACGACCUCGUGCCACUGGCACUUAAGGUCAUGCCUCACAGUUGGAAAGGGCUGGUGGUGCGCACGGUGCGCGAGCACUUCAACCUCAACGUUGCUGAGCAGCUGUGCUGCUACCCUGGACCCGUGCUGCUGCUCAGGCGCACACAGGACGAUGUGGUCAGCACCUCGAGCAGCCUACCUGCACUGCCACCAGGCGAUGUGGAGGGCAACCGCGGCAAUGAGCUGCUGCUACGUCUACUGCAGCGUCGCUACCCAGCUGUGAUGAUGCGCGAGGGCCAGGCCGUGGUGACCCGCUGGCUGCGCGCUAGCAGCCUGGCACAGGAGGCUGCCUUCUAUGGGCGCUACCGCGUGGACGACGAGUGGUGUUUGGCGCUGCUGCGCAACUACCGUGCGCACUGCGAGGAAGAACAGCAGGACGAAGAGGCCUGGGGGCCGCAUGGGCCUGCCUUCCCCUGGCUGGUGGGCCAGGGCCUGAGCCCGAGGCGGCGCCGGCAGCUUGCACUGUUUCUGGCACGAAAGCACCUGAAGAACGUAGAGGCGACUCACUGUAGCCCACUAGAACCUGAGGACUUCCAGUUGCCCUGGGGCCUGUAGGCACUUCUGGGGGAGGUUUGUGCACUCAUACACCUUCCCACAUCCCACCUAGUAAAGCUAGCCCUGCCAGGGGACCCCCUGGUGUCUGGGGGAUGGUGGGUGGCACAGGGGGACCUCAUGCUCUCCUUCACUGGGGUGUUCUGGCCUUCCCUUUGUUCUUCCCUGCUCACCCCUCCUUCAUCUUCCUUUCACAAACACUUUUGGACACUUGCAUCCAGCUCCUGAAGGGAAUGCAAAGAUUAACCUGACCCAGUUUAUGGCAAUGCUGUGUGAUUGGAGCUUCGGUCACAAGAGGAUGAAGGGAGCAGGGGCUGUGGGGCUACCAGGAAGAGCAUUUCACCUGGCCUGGGUUACAGGAUGGCUUCUGGGAAGAUAAUACCAGCUGAGUUCUAUUGAAGGAAGACAUUGCCAUUGUCGGGCUAUAAGGCAGGUCUUAGAGGCUGGACAUUUCCAGCAGUGUGAUGCUGCUAAUCUAUAGUUUCCUCCCCAUGCCCCACACUUCUGGCUUCUACAGGAGGGGAUUCACAGAGGGACUACAGACUCAGAGUAACAGGUACAGUGGUAUGCAGUUAGUGCAGGUACACCUGCACUAACCCCUCAUUACUGGGUGUCUCCUAGAGCCAGGCCUGGAAUGGGUCUUGUUCCUGGCUCAGGGAUGCACCACAGAAUGAGAGAAAAGGUCUCUGCUCACCGCCAUCUAUAAUGUCACUUAUUUGUGGUCUUUCCUGAACCACAGGAAGCAGGGGCUGUUGGUUAUUCCUAUUGGCCCUAGCCCCUGGUCUGGUCAGGUUGGGUUGGGCAAGAAUCUCUGGAAAGAAAGGUGGCAAGUGGGGAAGACAUGUUAUUGAAAGACCCAGAGAAGAAUAGGCUGGGAUGGCGAAGGCCCUGGGCCAGUGCAAGAAUACCAGGAAAAUAUGUGGUGGAGGUGGGCCAGAUGAAGGAAAGGGGUCAGUACCUGCAGAGGCCUGGCUGGAAGGGGGAUGUGCAAUCCAGAGGGCUCAGAUCCAAAAGGGUUUGAAUACCAUGUAAGGAUUUUCUUCUAGGCACAGGUAGGAGCCAAAGGAAAAUUGUGAGACUUGUUUCAGUGGGGCCAGUUGCCUGGUGGUUACACACCUCUCCUUUGAAGUCUGAUAAACUCAUGUUCUAGAGUCUCCUGGUACCUCUGCAUCCAGUUGAGGGACCUUGGGCGAGUUACUUUAACCUCAGUUUCCUCAUCCGUAAAGUGGGGAAGGCUCCAGUACUUGUUCUGCGGUUGCUGUGCAAAGGAAGCGACAAG